AUGGCUGACAAAAACCUGUCAGGCCUGCCAGUGUACGCGAGAACCGAGCCAGCUGUUAACAAGCUUCCUAGUGUAACCGAACAGGUCGGUAGCGCCAUCCGUCCGUACGUCAUCCCCUUCGUUAUCAUCCUCGCUAUAGUCAUCCCCAUCAACAUGGUGUUUCAGUCGACUCCCGGACUGCUCUGCAGCUGCUGGAGCCGCGGCGGAGGCUUCGAGUCGGCAUCGUCGCUUCCGUACCAGCCGGCAGCGCCUCCUCCGUACGAGCCGGCAGCGUCGCUUGCGUAUCAGUCGGCAGCGCCUCCUCCGAACCAGCCGGCAGCGCCUCCUCCGAACCAGCUGCCUAUCCCCGGAUGGGCUCAGGCUCUGUUUCCCGGCAUGAGCGGCAAUGACGCGGCCAUCGUUUGCCGUGCAGAGGAGAAUUACUGGGAGAACCUUGUGCUGAGACGGGAGGCGUCCAAUGGAACGCUUUACCCGCCACCCGCGUCGAUGACAAAUAUCACCAUGAAAACGCUCCUUCUCAUCCCCACGUACUCGUGCCUGGUGAACGAGCGCAUUGGCAAGUGGGGGGAUGGCGGAAAGUGGACUUGCCUUCUGCCAGGCGCCAUUCAGACGGACCCUGUGGUGUACAGCAUUGGCAGUUUCGGGCAGUACGAUUUUGAAGACGCCAUUCACAAGAUUCUGCACGUGCAGCCGCACACGUUCGACCCGUUUCUCCAACCCAGCACCGCCGCCCACAUGCAGACCGUCCCCUCCCUUAUCUUCCACCCCAUCGGCCUCUCUGCAAACUCCUCCCUCGAGUACAACCGCCAAAAGUUCUCUGGUGCGGAGUUCAUGACUCUGGGAGGGAUCAUGCAGCUGUUGAAUCAUACUUAUGUGGACAUUUUCAAGAUUGACUGCGAGGGGUGUGAGGAGGCGCUGAUUGCAGAGAUCGGGGAGGCGAAUGGGAAUGUAUCUGCGCAACUGAGCUUGCACGGAGGGACGCUGCCGUUCGGGCAGAUCUUGAUCGAGAUUCACCAGUAA